CUCGCUGCCUACACUCUCACAGUGUUUGUUCACUCGUGUGAGAUGGGAACUCACGCAGCCGCUAUACAUUACGACCAAUCUGCCGGAGGAACGCGGCUUAAAAUACAUACACACGGGGUAAGAAAAUGAAGCGACUACCCGAACGUCUGACUCCCACUGGACCCCUGCCACGUUUUUUACACCAGUCCGAUCCAGCGUUUGCUUGCGUGCAGUCCUUGUGAUCCUUUCUCCGUACGCUCUGCCGGCACAAAGGCGCAGCAGCACCUGAGACUGGAGCCAAAUGGUCGGCCAGGAGUGAGCGGACCUGUCGGUGCUACCAAUUCCGGACCUAUUGACACACACCGCCGGCAAACCAAGAGACGGUUUAAUUCUUUGACAUUUUCUUUCGGGAUUCGUUUCGAACUGACACUGGACAUGAAGGAUUUUUUAAAAAUCCCUUCUUUAAAUGACAUAUACUGGAAUAAUGCAUGAGAAAAAAUACAUCUUUUUUCUCUUCCAUGAUGUCUCCUUCUCCUUCAUCCGGUCCUCCUCAUGAACAGCCGUUGUGUUGUCCAAAAAUGGAUGUGUUGCCCACGAAAAGUGUCAUCAAUUUGUGCUGGUGAGCAGGUCAUCUAAAGGCCUGUUGAAAACACUAUUUAACUGCAGGUGAGCUGUUGUUGUGGAGAAAGAUUGUGUUGGAUUGGUCAAAUAAGCCCCAAUAUGGUAGAGCCGGUGGGAUUUAUCGAGGCGUGGAAGGCUCAAUUCCCAGAGUCGGAGCCCCCCAAGAUGGAGCUGAGGUCUGUGGGAGGUAUUGAGCACGAGCUGGAGAGAUGCAAAGCAUCCAUCAGGAGACUGGAACAGGAAGUGAACAAAGAACGCUUCCGCAUGAUCUACCUGCAGACCCUCCUGGCCAAGGAGAGGAAAAGCUACGACAAGCAGCGUUGGGGCUUUAGGAAAACGCCUCUCAACGAGGGGGUGGACCCUGCUGCCUCUCAAGGGGCUGAGUCUCAGCAGCCACACAUGCAGGAGACGGGUGGAGUGGGUUGCGGCGGUUACGGUGCCACCCCUAUUGUGGACAGAGGCCGCUACCAGCCUCAUGGAGAUGGAACAGGCAGAUCCAAACCUCGACCCCCACCGGCGAGGAAGUCGGCAUCCCACGGAGACGGGCUUGAGUCGGCUUUCGAGGCCCCUCCGCAGGCUGAGUCGACAUCCUGCGACAAUCUGGAUGGCCUCUCGCCUUCCAAGCAGAGAGGGGGCAUCUCCGCGUCGCCCCGUAGGCCGGCGCUUCCACCUCUGGACAAGGAUCUGCCCUGUGACCCUAAAGACAAGCUUGGGAUGGGCCUCGGCGUGGCUGCUCUAAGGUCCAACUUUGAGAGGAUCAAGCGGACCAACUCUCACUCUGUGGGCGAUAAAGGUCAAGAGAAGCAGCCGCCACUCCCGCCGCCACCUUUCUACACCAACAUGGAGUUCCACCACGACAGGGGGUUGGUUCGGGUCAAUGACCGCGAAGUCUCGGACAAGAUCAGCUCCCUGGGGAACCAGGCCAUGCAGAUGGAGCGGAAGAGAUCAUUGCAUUCACUGCCUGGUAACCUGGCAACCGUGGCAGGGGAGCUCCGCGCCAGACCCGUAUAUCGAGGUCGGUCCACUGAAAGCACAUGCGGCUACGAUGCUGAAUAUGAAGAUGGUGAACCCAAUCAGAGACAUCAACGAUCCAACGGUGGUAAACCUCCACCUCCGCCUUGGCAACCUUCUGAUUUCCAAGCCUACUCCAGCGUCUACGUCGGUGGCGUGAUGAUGGGCGAAGGUGGCGGCGGCGACAGCCGAGGCGGUGUCCAAAUGAGAGACCACGGCGGAGGCGAUGACCACCUCCUGACGUGGCCCCGCCGCUCUUACUCCCCGGGGAGCUUUGAAGACAUCGGCGGAGGUGGCGGCUACACGCCGGACUGCAGCUCCAACGAGAACCUGACGUCCAGCGAGGAGGACUUUUCGUCGGGUCAGUCCAGCCACGUUUCGCCCAGCCCGACCACGGCCUUUCGACGGCCCUUCCGGGAGAAGAGCCGCUCGCCGUCGCAGAACUCCCAGAAUUCCCAGCACUCAUUCGACAGCAGCAGCCCCCCGACGCCGCAGUCGCAGAAGCGCCAUCAUCGACAGCAGGGGGGCCACGUGGUCAUGUCGGAGGCCACCAUUGUCAGCGUUCGUAAAACCGGUCAAAUCUGGCCACCCGCUGUACAUCACGGAAGAACAUCUCACGAUAACAGUUUCCAUGGAGACCACCUUGACGGCCAUUACACCGGGACGCCACCAUCGUACGGCUACGACGCCGACCGUGCCGAGGAGCAGCGGCGGCACCACGACAUCCUGCCGUACAUCGACGACUCGCCUUCUUCCUCACCUCACUUGAGCUCCAAGAGCCGAAGCAGUCGGGACACCCUCUCCUCGGGAUCGCUGGAGUCCGCAAAAUCGGCGGAAUGUGACGUGGAGAAAGGUUUGGAAAUGAGGAAGUGGGUUCUGUCUGGUAUUUUGGCCAGUGAAGAAACAUACCUCAGUCACCUGGAGGCACUGCUACUGCCCAUGAAGCCUUUGAAAGCGGCGGCCACAACGUCGCAGCCCGUGCUCUCCGUGUCCCAGAUCGAGACCAUCUUCUUCAAAGUGCCUGAGCUCUACGAGAUCCACAAGGAGUUCUACGAUGGACUCCUGCCCCGCGUCCAGCAAUGGGGCCACCACCAGAGAGUCGGGGAUCUUUUCCAAAAACUGGCCAGCCAGUUAGGAGUUUACAGGGCGUUUGUGGACAACUAUGAGCUGGCGGUGGAGACGGCCGAAAAGUGUUGCCAAGCCAACACGCAGUUUUCCGAAAUCUCUGAGAAUUUAAAGGUGAGAAGCCCCAAGGACUGCAAGGAGCCGACAGCCAAGAACUCCCUCGAAGCUUUGCUUUACAAACCGGUGGACAGGGUGACACGUAGCACGCUGGUGCUUCAUGACUUGCUCAAGCACACCCCCACAAGCCACCCAGACCACCCGCUUCUCCAGGACGCUCUGCGCAUCUCCCAGAAUUUCCUAUCGAGCAUCAACGAGGAGUCCACGCCCCGCCGCCAGCUGAUGACUGUCAAGAAGGGCGAGAAUCGCCAGCUACUGAAGGACAGCUUCAUGGUCGAGCUGGUGGAGGGAGCCAGGAAACUGCGACACGUCUUCCUCUUCACCGACCUGCUGCUGUGCGCCAAACUGAAAAAACAAAUUGCAGGUAAAAACCAACAAUAUGACAGCAAGUGGUACAUCCCGUUAAGCGAGCUCACCUUCCAGGGCCCAGACGAGACCGAACCCCUCACUAUCCCACAGGUCCCAGACGAAGAGCUGGAUGCCAUGAAGGUGAAGAUCUCACAACUGCGCAGUGAGAUCCAAAGAGAAAAGAGAGCCAACAAAGGUUCAAAGGUCAUAGACCGCCUCAGAAAGAAGCUGUCCGAGCAAGAAUCGCUGCUGCUCUUAACAUCUCCGAGCAUGCACCUCAGACUCUACAACAAGAGUGGCAAGAGCUACAGCUUCCUCAUAUCAUCCGAUUAUGAGCGCGCCGAAUGGAAAGAGCUCAUCAAAGAGCAGCAGAAGAAAUGUUUUAAAGCUGCCUCCUUAACGUCCAUGGAGCUCCAAAUGUUGACCAACUCGUGUGUCAAGCUCCAAACGGUCCAUCACAUCCCACUUAGUAUCAAUAAAGAAGAGGAAGAGGCCCCGGGUCUCUGCGGGUUCCUGAAUGUAAUCGUCCACUCUGCCUGUGGCCUCAAACAGAGCUUGAAUCUCUAUUGCACAUUGGAGGUGGAUUCUUUCGGCUUCUUUUCUAAUAAAGCCAAGACGAGAGUGUAUCGAUACACCACUGAACCCAAAUGGAACGAGGAGUUUGAGAUCGAGCUGGAGGGCUCGCAGACCCUGCGGCUGCUCUGCUAUGAGAAGUGCUACAAUAAGAGCAAGCAGAACAAAGAGGACGGCGAGAGCAUGGACCGCAUCAUGGGGAAAGGACAGAUCCCGCUGGACCCACAAGCUCUCCAAGGAAAAGACUGGCAAAGGACUGUCAUUCCAAUGAACGGGAUUGAGGUCAAACUAUCCAUGAAGUUCACCAGCCGCGAGUUCAGCCUGAAGAGAAUGCCCUCGCGGAAACCCAUGGGUGUGUUCGGAGUCAAGAUCUCCACUGUGACCAAACGGGAGCGUUCCAAGGUGCCCUACAUAGUCCGGCAGUGCCUGGAGGAAAUCGAGAGGAGGGGAAUGGAGGAGGUGGGCAUCUAUCGAGUGUCAGGAGUGGCCACCGAUAUUCAGGCCCUCAAGACGGCUUUUGACACCAAUCACAAAGACGUCUCUGUGAUGAUGAGCGAGAUGGACGUCAACGCUAUCGCCGGCACCUUGAAGUUGUACUUCCGAGAGCUGCCGGAGCCGCUCUUCACCGAUGAGCUCUACCCCAAUUUUGCCGGCGGCAUCACUCUGUCUGAUAGCGUCGCCAAGGAGAGCUGCAUGUUGAACCUACUGCUGUCGCUACCGGAGCCUAACUUGGUCACCUUCCUUUUCCUUUUGGAUCACCUAAAGAGGGUGGCAGAGAAAGAGAGCGUCAACAAGAUGUCCCUCCACAACCUGGCCACUGUGUUUGGCCCGACUCUGUUGAGGCCCGCCGAAAAGGACAGUAAGAUCCCAACCAACCCCACCCAGCCCAUCAGCAUGGGGGACAGCUGGUCCCUGGAGGUCAUGGCACAGGUCCAGGUGCUGCUGUAUUUCCUCCAGUUGGAGACGAUCCCCACUCCAGAUAGCAAACGACAGAGCAUCCUUUUCUCCACGGAGGUAUAGAGAAAACUUUGUUGACCGUGAUGGAGCGACGGACCGAAAGGACGUGUGGCUCCGAGUGAGCUUUACUAUAGUACGUUUUUAAAUUGACUACAUCCUGCACCGCUCGCACAGCCGUGAAGGAUUUUCUUUUUUUUAACCUAACCACAAGAGGAUGCCAUUGAGCCUUUAAACCCGAGUCUCCGAGCGUCCACACAUUCUUGGGAAUCCCAUUUUCUUCCAUCUACAUUCCUCUAUUUUUCUCCAUAUUAGUCACAGGAAAACAAAAUCUUGGAAUGGCUUGUUUUUGGCUCAAUUGUCAGACAAUGGUCAAAACCUUGACAAAAUGUGGCCCUCCAUCUCAAACGUUUCCAGACUUCAUCUCAACAUACCCCCCAACCCCCUCCUUAAAAGGAUGAGCGGAAUCAAGAAUUGAACACAACUGUUGAGUUUUGCCAAGCCUACAGUAGUCCUCCACUCGUUGUACUGUAGCUGAAGUCCAAGGCAGCAACUUGAAUGACUUUGCGAAGGAAGACGAUGACGUGAAACUGUAUUCCUAAUGGACCACAAUUUCACUGCCUGCGGUUUCGUGACCGACCACAAAGGCACGUUAUCUCCACUUGUGUCUCCCAGUUAGCGUAAAUAUCCGGGAAGCAAUAUAUUUUCUAUCACGCAAAUUUUCCCUCCGUGUCACAUUGGACUUCCUCGUCAAAUGUUGCUCAUGUGUUUCUUGUUGUACAUAAUCUUCAAGUUUUUGUUUUAACGGGUAUGAUCUUCAGUUGUGAAAUGUAAUUUAUUGCAGGGUCCUGGAGAAGAGGGGUUUUUUUUUCUAUGUGUACAUGAAGCGGUUUGAUGUCGGCAGGCUGCUGUGAAGAAGCAGGAAUUUAGCCUUGUUUGUUUGUUUUUUUUUAUACUGCCGUUCCGCGCAGCCUUUUGGCAAGUGUAACGUCGUGACAUUCACAUCCCAAAUGACGUCGACUUUUUUUCUCCAUCGUUUCAUCUAUGGUGAUAGAAGCGCAUGAUACAGUUUCCGGGGUUUCCAUUAUCGUUGGGUCACGGGCGACCUGUACGAUUGAGAAGCGGAUUCACUUUUAAAACCGAUGUGGUAAAUAGUUUUUAAUGAUAAAACACGGUGAAUGUAUGUGUGGAUCAAAAAUGAAACUGCGCAGUUACGGCAUUGUCAAAUAACGUGAACAAGUUUGUAGAGGUGAACCUUGGAGACAUAUCGUCGCUGGUCGGGCGGAAAUCUUUAUAUCUCCAAAAUGACUACAUGUCAGUCAUUGACAUGUAGUCAAUGAAUCCACGUACAAACUUACACCGGGGGGAGUCUCUGAAGAGUUAAAAAGCCAUUUAAAUAGAUCUACAAUGUUAUUUUAGAUAUUUAUUUUUUGUUCUCGUGAUAGACCCUGACACUAAAAUGUCACUGUCGUAAGUCCAUGCAUGCAGAGGCAUGUUCUUUAUUAUGUUGUACUUAACAAGCCCUUCCAUGACAAAAAGUCCUUACAUGCCUAUUUACAUUUUUAUACUCACGCGGUUGAAGCUACAAUUGCUAAAUUAACAUUUACAGUUAAUAGUACAGUCGUGAGUUCGAUUCCGGUUCCGGCCUUCCUGUGUGGAAUUUGCAUGUUCUCCCCAGGUCUGCGUGUUUUUAUUUUUCUCCGGGUACUCCGCUUUCCUACCACAUUCCAAAUACAUGUAUGGCAGGCUGAUCGAACACUCAAAAUUAUAUGAGCGUGGGCGUGGAUGGUUGUUCGUCUCUGUGUGCCCUGCGAUUGUCUGGCAACCGGUUCAGGGUGUCCCCCGCCUACUGCCCGAUUACGGCUGGGGUAGGCUCCAGCACCCCCAGCGACCCUUGUGAGGAUAAAGCGGAUCAGAAAAUGGAUGGAUGGAUGUUAUUUAUGGGGCGGCUCGCUGGGUGGCUAUACGUCUGCCUCACAGCAUAGACGGGCACGUUUCGAUUCCAGGCUCCGGCCUUCCUGUGUGGAGUUUGCAUGUUCUGCGUGGGUUUUCUCCAGGUACUCCCACAUUCCCAAACAACUCGUAGUACGUUGAUUGGACGCACUAAAAUGUCCAGUGGUGAGAUUGUGAGUGCGAAUGGUUGUUUGUCAAUGCGUUCCUUGCAAUUGGCUGGCGACCAGUUCAGGGUGUAGCCUGCUCGAUGACAGCUGGCUCAGAUGAUGGGUGGAUGGAUAUAUUUUUUUCUUAAUUUUACAUACACAUUUUAACUUAUUUUUGUACCCAGCUCUCAUCUAGGAAAACCUGGCCCAUCUGUAUGUUUAAAAAAAAAAUCCAAUGCAGCUCUUGAGCACAGUUUAUUUCUCGUCCUGCUGUAAACAUAUCAUUUAUCUUAGCCACACAGCAAGGGGAAUUAUGGAGACAUAUCUCGCAUUUCUGUGCUCUAACUUGACCGUUCUAACAUAUCAAAACUGGAAACGCAUGGAUGUGAAUGUACGACAUACCACAUCUGCCAUUUUAUCACGCAAUCCGAGUGGACGAGAGCACAAUUGCAGUAGGGCGUCCGUCGGUUUCACUUCCACGAACAUUACGAUGUGUUCAAUGAUGCCACCCUCGUUUACUAGCACAUAUUUUGGCCUCGCGUAGCACACGUACACCGUUUCCACGCCCGCGUCGGAAGACAGACAUCGGCAUCCGUCCCGAUUGCCUUCACCGCUCUGACCCUGUCGUGCCUCAACGCGGCUUUUUGUUGAGCGAGACGCUGACAGCGGAAACUCUCCUGUUGCCUUUUUACGCCGAAGACAGCCACACGAUUUUUCACGACUAAGACAGGACCUUAAAAGAAAAAGAAGGAAAAAAAUCAGUCUUAGUUCCGAACGACCACCCUUAUUCUCACGCUGAUGCUGUAAAUUGAACUCUUAAGUAUUAACAGGACAAAGGAUAGUAAAAAUCUUGUCUGUGUCCUUACUUUAGCUCCUUUUAUGCCUUUUUGACUUGUAUUUAUUGAAGCUUUGUUCGAGUCUUGGAAUAGAACGUCUGCUGGGUCUAUUUAUUUGUAAUAUCUUGAAGGAAUAAAUUAAUGUAAAGGUCAAGUAAA